UCUCAACCGUACUUUCUUCUCCCGUCGCGCGAGAAUUUCGUACACGUCGGGGCGGGCGUAUUUGACGUCACCGCACGCUCUCGUCACCUGGAGCCCGCGGAAGGAAGUAGCCGCCGGUGACUGUGCAAAGAUGAAUACCAGAGGGCUUGGAUCUCAGCUGAAGGACUGCAUUUCAGUGCCUGAUUUUUCAGCUAGUGGAACAUUUGAAAGUCAUGAUGUGAUACACAGAGGCUUUCCACAUGUGAAGAGUGAACUUUUUCCUGUUCAUCCUUUGGAACUUUCCGAGAAGAACUUUUCCUUAACUCAAGAUAAAAUGAAUUUUUCGACUCUGAGAAAUAUUCAAGGACUACAUGCGCCAUUAAAGUUGCAAAUGGAAUUCAAAGCAGUGAAACAGAUCCAGCGCCUGCCUUUCCUCCACAGCUCUAAUCUGGCACUGGAUAUUUUAAAAGGCAAUGAUGACUCCAUUGGUUUUGAAGAUAUUUUUGGCGAUCCUGCACAAAGUGAACUAAUGGCAGAGCCUCAUAUGAUGGUUGAACAUAAACUUGGUUUAUUAUAAUACUUACACAUUACAGCUUUUUCUGUUCAUCAGAACAUUCCUACCUGUGUCUGUGAGGAUUGAAAUAAACUAUAUUAAAUGAAAGUAAAACAAUACUUGUUUUGAUACGCAGUUUCUCAGCAACUCAGUGAAAAAAGCACAAUAAAUGUUACAAACAUCCUGUUCUGUUUACUGCCAAACGUCUUAUGAAUUGGAUUUUUAAAAAAGGAGAUAUGACUAUAUCCAACAUUAUAGUGGCUCAUAUUUAUAGUUAGAGAAGGCCACACAUCUAAAUAUAAUCAGAAACAGGAAAAUAUGAAACUGCUUGGAUUAGAAAAUCUUUGCGGAAGAACUUUUUGCAAUUUUAAAGCAAGAGAUUUGCUGUUAAUUUUUCUUUGCUCCUGAUGGUUGAUGUCUUUUAAACAAUAAACAUUUUCAAUAAGCA